AUCGAGAGAUAACAAUUCAGGCCAGUCGGUUAGUUCUAACUGGCCUAACUUCCUUUUUUUAAAAAAGUAAGAGACUUUAGUUAAACCAAGAAAUCUAGCAAAACGGCACAAGAAGAGAAAGCUUACUAUAAAAUAUAUACUGCACUAGACACUGAAGAUGUUGGCCUUAUUAUCUGCUAUUGGAUGUUUACUUGUUAGCUCCGUGUUCGGAGCAUGUCCUCAUGUAGUCACUAGGGCAGAAUGGGGUGCUCGCGCAGCAACGCACGUGAGUCACUUGGUGACCCCUGUCCAGUAUGCUUUCAUUCACCACACCGCUGGAGCUGACUGCCACGACAGGGCUACGUGCGCCGCUCAGGUCAGACUGACACAGAACUAUCACAUGAAUGGCAGAAAUUACUCCGACAUUGGCUACAGCUUCAUGAUUGGAGGUAACGGGGAGGUGUUUGAAGGUCGUGGAUGGGAUCAUCUGGGCGCCCACACUUUGAACUAUAACAGUCAUGGAUACGGCUUCUGCUUUAUCGGGACCUUCACCAGCCACGUCCCCACCUCUGCUGCUCAGCAGGCUGCAAAAGAUAUGAUUGCCUGUGGUGUUCAGUUGGGCAAGAUCCGUAGUGAUUACACCUUAAGAGGACACCGUGAUGUUGGCGCCACCGAGUGCCCUGGCAACGCCUUUUACCCUAUCAUUAAAACCUGGCCUCAUUAUUAAAUUAAAGAAUUUAUUAGUUACAAUA